GCCAAACAUGUCGCUGUGAUGAUAUUAAACGAACUGCUCUUAUUAAGGUGAAAUGUCAUUUAAUGAGAAAUGAAAAUGUCCGUAUAGAAUUCAAUUUAGUCACCUCAGUUGUGCGCUGAGAAGAGGAGACAAUGAAAAAAGGGCGGUGGCACUGUCUCUGUGAUUGAAUGCAGCCGUGUUUUCAAUCGAUAUUAAUGAGAAUGUUUUGAAACCAAGACGAAUGCUGUAAAGGCGAGGGAAAGCUAUAUUUUCCUUAACAUACUUUUGAUUUUUAAUUCUUCGUGGCGCAUCUGGUUGUUAAUAGGCUUGUCGGUGUUUUUGUUCGGAGGUGCUGAAAUGCAGUGAGCUGCGCUGGUUAGAGCGCGUUGCUCCCAUCCCCCGCCUGUUCAGCACAGGGUGAGGGAGGGAGGGGGACAGGAGAGAAAGAGAGAGAGAGGGAGCGAUAGGCAGCACCCUUGUGAGGGGAAACAAGAGUCAGCUUCGCGGAGAGGAGAGAAGAAAAUGAGCUGAGGCGCAAACAAAAGAGAGAACAUGGAUGAAGCAGGAAAAUGUCUGUUUGAAAAGGCAAGCGCAGCGGAGACUUUGGUCAUCCUGCACACAGUCUGCCCGUUUUUUGGAUGCCGUGCUUUGGAGCUGUUGCGCGGCGAGCUCUAAAAAGCGGUUUUUAAUCCGUCUGUGGAUGUUGCCAGCUUGCGAUGGCUGUUGCAGGGCGAUGUAGCUGCAUAAAAGAGAACGUGCCUCUUUGUUUAUGUUUCUUCGUUGUUCUACUAAGUGUCCUUACAGAUGCACAAAUUCGCUACAGCAUUCAGGAGGAGCUGGAGAGCGGCACUGUCGUUGGGGAUCUUGUGCGGGAUCUCGGGCUGGAGCUGCGAAAGCUUUCGGCGCGUCGGAUCAGAAUCAGCUCCGACAGUGCGAGGCGAUACUUCAGCAUCAACCACAAAACUGGUAAGCUUGUUAUAAGCGACCGGAUUGACCGCGAAACGCUCUGUGAAUUCAGCGGGACCUGCACGCUUAGUCUCGACGUGGUGUUAGAAAGCCCGUUUGAACAGCACAGCGUGGAUGUUGAGAUUCUGGAUGCAAAUGACAACUCGCCGCUUUUCCCUCGAGACGAGUACCAGUUGGAGAUCUCCGAGGGCGCACAGCCAGGCGCGCGGUUUUCCAUUGAGGGCGCGCAAGAUUCUGACGACGCCUCAAAUUCCGUGCGCCAUUAUCGCCUUACCUCAAACGAACACCUGGCGCUCGAUUCAACCAAACCACCUGCAGAUGGAAAACACGUAGAGCUCGUGCUGAAAAAACCUUUCGACCGCGAGCUUUUGCAGUCUCACCAGUUUCUUAUCACUGCUACUGAUGGUGGAUCGCCUCCGCGCUCGGGCACAGCCAAAAUCAACGUGCGCGUUUUGGAUACCAAUGACAACGUGCCAGUCUUCGACAGCUCCGUGUAUAAAGUGAAACUGCGGGAAAACUCUCCCGUUGGCGCGCUGGUAAUUAAACUAAACGCCACAGAUAGAGACGAGAGCUCCAAUGGGGAGGUGUAUUACUCUUUUAGCUCGUACACGCCAGAUCGAGUGAGGCAGAUGUUUUCUGUAGACACAGACAGCGGGGAAAUUAGAGUAAUGAGCAAUGUGGACUAUGAAGAAACCAACAGCUAUGAGAUGUAUAUCCAGGCAGCAGAUCGAGGCCAAGGUGCCGUGGCAGUGCACUGUAAAGUGGUGGUGGAGGUGCUGGAUGUGAAUGAUAACCCUCCUGAGAUUGUGCUCUCCUCCCUCUCCAGCCCAGUUCGAGAGGACGCUCGGGCAGACACCGUGGUGGGUUUAAUAAGCAUAAACGACAGAGACUCUGGACAAAACAAACAGGUCAGCUUGGAUAUCAUUCCCCCUAACCUUCCCUUUAAAAUCAAAUCGUUCCGAAACCAUUACACCAUCGUUACCUCAGCCUUCCUGGACCGUGAGACUAUAUCAUCGUAUAAUGUCACAGUUACAGCCACGGAUGGUGGGACGCCUCCUCUUUCGUCCUCAAUGACGGUUCGAGUGGAAGUGGCAGAUGUGAACGACAAUCCGCCACGCUUUAAACAGACUUCAUACACUGUUUAUGUCGCAGAAAACAAUGCGGUCAGUGCGCCUCUGUGCGUCGUAAAAGCAACGGACCCCGAUGCCGGUGAGAACGCUCGCAUCACAUACACCGUCCUCAAUGACAACAACCAUGGUAUUUCCGUGGCAUCGUACGUGUCUGUCAAACCUGCCACGGGUGAGGUGUACGCGCUACGAUCGUUUGACUUCGAGAAGUUGCGUGAGUUUCAUUUCCAGGUUAAAGCUCAAGACAACGGCGUGCCACCUUUGAGCAGGGUGGCAACCGUCUAUAUUUACAUCAUGGACGCCAACGACCACAGUCCGCGGUUUGUUCGCCCAGCGUCGAACGGCUCACACUCCACAGAGACUAUUUUGCGUAACUCAGAGGCAGGCUUCCUAGUUUCACGAGUGCUGGCUUGGGACUUAGAUGCUGGCGAAAACGCCUGGUUGCUCUACAGCCUCCAUCACCCACCUGAACUGGACUUGUUUAAGGUGCACGAGCACACAGGCGAGAUCCGCACGACACGGAGAGUAAUCGAGGACAAUUCCACUGUCUUUAGCCUGACGGUGCAUGUGCGCGACCACGGUUCGCCUCCUCGCUCCGCGUCUACAACAAUCACCGUCGGCGUCAUGGAGCUCCCACCCAAAGUGGCCCCAGACCCAAAACGCAUAAUCAGACCACAUGGCACAAUGAUGUUCUCCGAAGUGACCCUGUAUCUUCUUAUUGCCCUCUGUGCCACCACCUUUGUUUUCUUGCUCACUGUCUUCGUCCUAGCAAUUGUUCGCUGCCAUGCCUACUGCAGCCAACCAGAUGCUUGCUCCUGCUCGCCUUGCUGUGGGUCCAAGAAGAAAAAGAAGACGACCAUGAAGAAGGCAGCCAAAGAUGGUGGUGGUGGUGGUGGAGGAGGUGGUGGUGGGGCUGCCGGUGGUGGAGCCACAGGUGGAGCUGGGGCCGCUGCUGGUGGGGUCACGGUCCAGCAACAGUCCGCGGUGCUACGGAGAGAUCUGAAAGUGGAGCCACACUACAUUGAGGUCCGAGGAAACGGAUCUUUAACUAAAACGUACUGCUAUAAGACCUGCCUGACUGCCACCUCAGGAAGUGACACUUUUAUGUUCUACAAUACGGGCCGACCGCUGAGUGGGACUUGGGGUUCAGGGGCUGACCGUUUCUUCACAGGACAGAGCGGGCAGUUUGUGCGCAGACUGAGCAUGCCCGACGCUACGGCAAUACAGCCUAAAGUUCCCAGUGCAGACUGGAGAUAUUCAGCAUCUCUCAGAGCAGGAAUGCAAAGUUCGGUCCAUAUGGAGGAGUCAUCCGUGAUGCAGGGUGCUCAAGGAGUUCUGGUCCAGAACUGGCCCACCGUCUCCAGUGCUCCCGACAAUGAGGGUGGAGAGGUCUCUCCCCCCGUAGGCGCCGGAGUGGACAGCAACAGUUGGCAUUUCCGAUACGGACCGGGUCCCGGAGGACCUCCGCACCUGAAACCCGGUGAGGUUCCUCCUGAAGCCUUCAUUAUCCCUGGAUCUCCAGCUAUUAUUUCCAUCAGACAAGGACAAGACGGUGAUGACAAGAGCGACUUUAUCACGUUUGGAAAAAAGGAAGAGAAGAAGAAGAAGAAAAAGAAGAAGGAGAAGAAGGAUAAGCGGGAGAAAGGAAAAGAUGAUGAUGAUUAAAGAGAGAGGAUAAAGCUUAGGAAAUUGUUUUUUUUUUUUUAAGACAGAAGUUUCAACAAAAGUCUGUAGAACAAAAUGUGUAUAUUAAUCCUAAAAUCCAUUUUUGAGGCUCAAGCAGUUGACUCUUAUUGAAAAAUUUGGAAUGAUUUUCUGUCACAUCCAAUCUCAUUUGGCUCAUUUGGCAUUCCCCUUUCUUUUUAAUAAAGUAAUUGAUUAGUCUUGAUGAGCUGUUAUAUGAUUGAUUAAUAUUCACCCAAGCCACUAUCCCGCAUAAAACGUCCUUCAGACUCAUGUUGGCAUGUCUGUCUUAUUCAUCCUCUUGGUUUUUGUUUCCCAAUCUUUUUGAUAGGGAGACAAAAUCUGAUUUGAAAUGCUUGUAAGCUGUGUGCCGCUUCAGGUGUGCUACUGUAGUAAAAUGGAGGGGAAAAAAUAAAGAAGGAAUUCAAAAUUGUGUAAAGUUAGAGAUUAUGGAAGUAGGACACACGCUUAUGUAAAUACACAGGUUGGGCACCGCUGUAUGUAAAACAGUGAAGAUGCUAAAUUAACGCUUUUGCUCGUUCACUUCUCCUGGUGUGGGAUGGACGAAACAUCCUUAAAACAACAGACAUUGAAACAUAUUUUCACAUCCUGGACAAAUGAAAAAUGAAGAAAAAACAACAAAAAAAAAACAACAACAACAGUGUUUUAUCAAAAAGAAAAUACAAAAAAAAAAAAAAAAAAUGUAUACCGAAUGAUGGAAUGCACUUUUGUUUUGUUGCUUUAAUUUGGUUACCAGCAAAUGUUCUCCAAGGCAUAGUAUAUAUGUGAGCAAAUAGUCCCAUAUAUACACACACAUGCACAUAUAUAGACACACACAUCUAGUAAACAGGGUCAAAAAUCAGUGCAUCUCUAGCAGCUCUCAAAACCUGGUAACCUGGUUGGGAGAGGUUAACCAGCAGCUGGAGAGGUUCACUCUUAGUGAAGUUUGAAGAUGCUAAUAUCACGUGACGCUCAUGAGAAAUCAGCUCUUCGGGGCCCUGUUGUUUAUCAAGAUGGCUGAGAAUGUUUAUGCAUUGUGAACAGUAUUACUGUUGAUUCACCAAACCUUAAACACCUUUGAUCCCAUAAACUAUCCUUAAAUAUCCUCUGUAGAAAGGGUCAUGCCGUGAAUUUUUCUGUGGCAUUGCCUCAUACCUGUAGUUUACCCAUUGACCUUGACCCCUUUCAUCCCAACCCUAAUUUUGUGCCUGCUUUCUCAGCUCAGUAUGCCUAGUAUCAUACAACACAAAACCUAUAGUCGCCUCCUUUCUGCUUGCUGUCUGGAGGACCAACACUCCCCAAGAGCAAAGAACACAACAUAUUAGCUAGGGGUUUUCAAAUUUGGGCAAGGAAGGGCAGGGUUUUUUCUUGUGCACCAUUUUUAUAAGCUUUAAGUGAACUUUAUUGCUACUGUACAGAGCUUCUGUCUGUCUGUCUGUCUCUCUCUCUCUUGAUCACUCUGCUGGGUAGGCUAGCUCUAGACAUUGUGGUGUACUCAUGUAGUAUGGAGUAAUGCAGACAACGCCUGUCAAAUCCCCCCUGCAGAGGACAGAAGCCCCUCCCACAGCACUGUCAUAUGCAAAUGAUCCAGUGCUGUCCAAUCAACCUCAGCUCUGUCUCUGCAUAAGACAUUGUAUUUUCUGCUGGUCUCUCAUCGGUUAAUUCUCAGAAAGAGGAGGGAAGGGAGAAGACAGAUGUGGGGAUUGGGCAAGGGGUGGAGAUUAGUAGAGAAAAAUGUGUGGCGAAAACAGUGACAAUUUGAACCGAAGUUAAAGAUGAUGUGUGUAAUUUCUGUGCCAUUAGCACAAUUUCCCAUUCCCAUCUGCCUUGAAUUGAACAAGCCACUGGUUAUGAGCCAGUGUUGCUGUGUCAGGCUGAUUGGGAUGUUCAAACAAACAAAGCAAUGAUUUACCAGACAGAUCCAGUGUUUACACACUUGAAACUAGUAUUUAAACAUGUAAAAUAUUACACACAUUACCUUUACGUUGUUAUAAAACCAAUUGAAAGUGUUAGUAAUUAAUGAGAAUUCAGCCUUUCAUACUACAAAGUUCAGACUGUUGUCUCCACCCCAUGCCUUUAAAACCCUGCUUUAGUGUCUGAUUACAGCGGCAAUGACAUGUCUGUGCUCUGAUGCUAUUGGUUCCUUCACUUGCCUGUCUACCUUAAUGCCACACACCCAAAAACACAUCUCGAAACCGAUGUCACAAUUACUCAAACGUGACUGCUGCAUGACCUUACCAGAAAGAAAACACUUACUAUAUAGAGAUAUAUAUGAAUAUAGAUAUAGAUGGCUAUGAUUUUACUAUUUUUGUUUAUAGUUUUUAUUCAUUAUUCACACAAGAGAUUUGUGUAUGUACCGUCUCUGAGCCUUUUGCAUACUGACACCUCUGCACCGACUUACAGUGGACAGUUAUGACGUUACUAAACCUUGGUAUUUGUAAAUGCUCUAUCGUGUGAUGCCCUGAAGCUCUCGUUUUUAUCCUAUUCUUUUUGAUUUUGAUUUACGAUAACAAAAAAAGACAAAAAAAAAAACAACUUUUGUGUUUGGCUUUGACAUUUGAUCAAACUAGCACUGUAUAUUGUAGCUAAAUUAUGUAUGAUGAUUCUAUCCCUACUCUUUCACUUCUUUGACAAAGAACUAAAACAAACAAAAAAAGAAAAACAGGAAAAACAUCCUGAUGUAAAAUACAAUAUAUGUAGUGUAUGCUUGUAUCUAGUGAGCGUUCAUGCUGUCAUUCUUUCUUAAUGUCUGGUGGUGGUCAGUAGGUGGCGCUGUGCUGUCCAACUGAAUGGCGCUCAUCUGUUGUAAAACCCUCUUCUUUUGUACACCUGCUCAUCAAUGUGAUGGUGAUUUAGUGACUUUCAUUCCUUUCUUAUUUUCUCUUCUUCUUUAUGAUUUUUGUUUUUCAUUAUGAUGGAAAAGUGGUCAUGUGUUUUGUUUAUAAAUCACAAAAUAAAUAAACUUUUCUUUCUUAAGAAUGUGAA